AUGAAAGUUUUAUCUGCUUUAUGUGUUUUAUUAGUUAGUGUUGCCACUGCUAAACAACAAUUAUCUGAACUCCAAUACAGAAAUGCUUUCACCAAUUGGAUGAUUGCUCACCAAAGACAUUAUUCAUCAGAAGAGUUCAAUGGUCGUUUCAAUAUCUUCAAAGCCAAUAUGGAUUACAUCAAUGAAUGGAAUACCAAAGGUAGUGAAACCGUUUUAGGUUUAAAUGUUUUCGCUGAUAUCACCAACGAAGAAUACAGAGCCACCUAUUUAGGUACCCCAUUCGAUGCAUCAUCACUCGAAAUGACUCCAUCUGAAAAAGUAUUUGGUGGUGUCCAAGCUAAUUCCGUCGAUUGGAGAGCUAAAGGUGCUGUCACCCCAAUCAAAAAUCAAGGUGAAUGUGGUGGUUGUUGGUCAUUCUCAGCAACUGGUGCCACUGAAGGUGCUCAAUACAUUGCCAAUGGUGAUUCAGAUUUAACAUCAGUCUCUGAACAACAAUUAAUCGAUUGUUCAGGUUCAUACGGUAACAACGGUUGUGAAGGUGGUUUAAUGACCUUAGCUUUCGAAUACAUCAUCAAUAACGGAGGUAUUGAUACUGAAAGCAGUUACCCAUUCACUGCCAACACUGAAAAAUGUAAAUACAACCCAAGUAACAUUGGUGCUGAAUUAUCAUCAUACGUUAACGUUACCUCUGGUUCAGAAUCAGAUUUAGCUGCCAAAGUUACUCAAGGUCCAACCUCAGUUGCUAUUGAUGCAUCUCAACCAUCAUUCCAAUUUUAUUCAUCUGGUAUCUACAAUGAACCAGCUUGCUCUUCAACUCAAUUGGAUCACGGUGUCUUAGCUGUUGGUUUCGGUAGUGGUUCAUCUGGUUCUCAAUCACAAUCUGCUGGUUCUCAAUCACAAUCAUCAAAUAACAAUUGGUCAGAAUCAUCACAAUCACAAGAUUCAAACAGUUGGUCACAAUCAUCUCAAUCUCAAUCAUCACAAGAUUCAAACAGUUGGUCACAAUCAUCUCAAUCUCAAGGUUCCAAUAGUUUCACUGGUGCUGGUACAGGUUCAGGUUCAGGUUCCGUCUCUGGUUCAGGUUCAGCCUCUGGUUCAAGUUCAUUCUCAGGUUCAUCAAAUGGUGGUAAUAGUAACUCUGGUGAUUACCCAACUGAUGGUAACUAUUGGAUCGUUAAAAACUCAUGGGGUCUUGACUGGGGUAUUAAUGGUUACAUUUUAAUGAGUAAAGAUAAGGAUAAUCAAUGUGGUAUUGCUACUAUGGCUUCAAUCCCACAAGCCAUUCCAAAAUCAAAAUGGAAUUAA